CAAGGCUUCUCAGAAAACCGCCCUAGGCACGCCGUCAGUACUGCCAUGGCACGCGUUACCCGAGCUUUGGCCUUGCUGGUGCUUGGCCUGUUUGCUCUGCUGGCUGCACCCAGCUUCACGGCUCUUCGGGCAGAGGCAGCACCUAAGAAGAAGGAGAAGGCACCCUGGGUCGGACCAAAGAAGGGAUCUUGGGUGAAGAUCUUGAGGCCCGAGUCAUAUUGGUAUCAGACUCGUGGACAGGUGGUGAAUGUGAACCAGAAGGCAGAGGUGAAGUACCCAGUCACUGUGAAGUUUGAUCGCGUGAACUUUUCGAACGUGAACACCAAUGGAUUUGCCCUUUGGGAGGUGAUUGAAGCUCCAGCCCCUGGACCGGGUGAGGUUUGAACGGUUUGGCUUUCAGCCGAGCCAAAGUUAUUCAUUUCGAAGGCAGCAAUGAAAUGUAAUGACAAUGGAAUGAC